CGGCCACCUGCCCUUCCGGACUGCUGCUGCAUUGUUAUCUACCGUGCUUGUGACUACGGCGGGGUAAAUCAAUCAAGACACCACCUCUCUCCACUCUUCGACCAAAGCAACCGCACCACAAUGGCCCUCGACUCGACCACGGUACCUGGAGCCUCGCCCACGAGCAAUCCGUCGAACACACAACCAGCCUCGGGUUCGCUCUCCCGCCAAACAUCCACCCCAGCUUCUCGACGAGCCUCCCAGAUAUCCCCCAUGGGCCCUCCACCGCUCCCUCUAGCAUCCCCGGGAGGCACCGUCCAGGCAUCUUCGCACCCACACACCCAUGCCUUUCCACCCCUCAGCCCAGGACCAACCAGCUACAUGCACUCAAAUGCCGCUGCCGUCGACGACGCCUCGAGCGUCCCCAUGCGCCACCCACGCCCCAUGACAGCCGCCGAACUGCACCUCGAACUCGAAAAAGAACAAGAAGCAGUCGUCAACCGCCUCACACGCGAACUCUCCGCCCUCCGCGCGCACUCCGCCUCCGUCGCCUCUACAACCUCUCUAUCCAGCAGCGUUGCUGACUCUUCCAUUGCACACGUAGACGGCCUCGUAACAUCAGGCUCCAUGCACCCGACGUCAUCACGCCGCCACCGCAGCUCGUCGAGCGUGUCGCGCAGCGCAAACCACGCCGCUGCGCACCGCUAUUCUGUUUCGUCGCAGCAGACGGGUGGCGGUACGUCGCGGUAUGAGGAGGUUGCGGCGCAGAAGGCGGAGUUGGAGGAGGUGAAGAGGGAGAAUGAGGGGUUGAAGGAGAGAAUAAGGGAGGGGACAAGUGAGGUAGGGAAUUGUUUUGCUUGAGGGGGGAGGGGAAAGGGGGGUUGAGAUGAAGAAGUGCGAUGCAUUCUUCGAAUCGGUUAUUCAAUAAUGAGGUCAAUGGCUUUUUAUGACUUACUUUCUUUUUUUUGGAAGAGUGAAGAGCAGAGCAGAUUGAUUAUAACAUGCGUUUAUUCGUAUCUAUGCUUCUUGGAUCUUUUU